UUCCCAGGUAGUUUCAUAGAGUCUUCUGCUCUCUCUCUCUCUUGCUCGCAAUCGCAGGUCAGUGGAGGGAGAGAGAAAGAGAGAGAGGCCGAAGGAAUCAAAGCAGUUGCAGUUGCAGUUGGAGUUGCAGUUGGCUUUCUGUUGGUUGGGAGUAAACAAACCCUAAGGGAAGAAGGGAACGGAAGUUGGGAUUCUACUUUUCUUCAUGUUCAUGUUCUUGUUCUUGUUCAUCUUUAUCUCCGACGCCGUCGCCGUCGCUCCCCGCGGCGGUUCUGGAUUCCGGGGAAUGCCUUCGCCUGCUCCCAUCGCUGUUGCACCCUUGCUGGGCCUCUUCCUGCUUCUGCUCCCUUUCAACUCAUCUACUACUUCAUUAAACCCAUGACAGCCUUUCAUCACCCAAAUCCAAACCCUAGUUACCCACAAAAAGGAUUUUGCAAAUAUACCCUCAUUCCACUAUCUACCAUACUCAAUGAAAGCCCUCCGCAGGACACAAACUUCCUCCUCCUCCAAUUCCAAUUCCAACUCCAAUUCUUCUUCUCCUUCCUCCUCCUGGGUUCAUUUGCGUUCUGUUUUAGUUGUUGUCAGCAACUCCUCCCCAUCUUCAUGUUCUUCCUCUGAUCGGUGUCGUCUCAAAUCACCAUGGUCGCGCAGAAAAAGAAAAAAUGCACUUUCAUCUCGACAAUGGAGAACUGUGUUUAAUCCAGAUGGGAAACUCCGGGAUGGUGGAAUUAAGUUCGUAAAAAAAGUUCGCAGUGGAGGUGUUGAUCCAAGUAUUCGGGCAGAGGUUUGGCCUUUCCUUCUUGGAGUCUAUGACCUCAAGAGUUCUAAAGAGGAAAGGGAUAUUAUAAAGACUCAAAAAAGAAAGGAAUAUGAAAAACUCCGUAAACAGUGCAGGCGAUUGAUAAAACGUAGGAAUGAAAGCUCUAAAUGGAAUGAAUUUGGGGACAUGAUUGUCGGGGAAGAUGGCUUUCUUGUGCGAGACAUAGAUUCUCCUAGUUCUGAAGAUGUGGUUAGUGCUAGAGAGUCUCUUUCGAGUGAAGAAAGGUGCUCAAAUGUUGAAUUUUUGGAUGAACCCUUCUGCUCUUUGUUGGAAGGGGAGGGGAGUUCAAGACAGAUCGCAGCUGAUGGUUCUUUGGUACUGAAUUCGGACUCCUCUGACUCAGACUCCUCAGACGACUUGGAUGUUAGUCAGACUUUUCCCCCCACAGAUGGAAUGGAAGAACCUUAUCUUGAUAUGACGCCUAAGGAAAAUUCUUCUCCCCCUAGGACUGAGGUCUCAUCAAAGCUCCAUAAUAGUGAAGACUUUGCAACAUGGCAGCGGAUUAUCCGACUUGAUGCACUUCGUUCUAACUCAGAAUGGGUACCAUACUUGACAUCUCAAGCAAUGGUUUCGGAUGGCAGAGCCCGGCGGUCUGCUGAGGCUGUUGGUUUAGUUGAUUAUGACCAUCUAGAACCUUGUAUGAUCUUCCAUGCUGCAAGACUAGUUGCAAUUCUUGAAGCAUAUGCUCUUUAUGACCCUGAAAUUGGUUAUUGUCAAGGCAUGAGCGAUCUACUCUCUCCUAUCAUUACUGUAAUUGCUGAGGAUCAUGAGGCAUUCUGGUGUUUUGUUGGCUUUAUGCGCAAGGCUCGCCACAAUUUUAGGCUCGAUGAGGUUGGAAUUAGAAGGCAGUUAAACAUAGUCGCUAAGAUUAUUAGGUGCAAGGACUCGCACCUUUACAAGCACCUGGAGAAACUUCAGGCUGAGGAUUGCUUUUUCGUAUACCGGAUGGUUGUGGUGCUAUUCAGAAGGGAAUUGACUUUUGAACAGACGUUAUGUCUUUGGGAAGUCAUAUGGGCAGAUCAGGCAGCCAUAAGGGCUGGAAUAGGGAAGUCUGCAUGGAGCCGAAUAAGGCAACGAGCUCCGCCAACAGAUGAUUUAUUGCUUUAUGCGAUUGCUGCUUCGGUAUUGCAGAGAAGGAAACUGAUCAUAGAGAAGUAUAGUAGCAUGGAUGAAAUUCUGAGGGAAUGUAACAGCAUGGCUGGACACCUUGAUGUGUGGAAGCUUCUGGAUGGUGCGCACAAUUUGGUGGUAACCUUACACGACAAGAUAGAGACGUCCUUCCAGUAACUGGAGGGUCCAUACCAAUUUCAGUUCAGUUCUCACUAACUUCUUGGUGCUGUACUCUUGGCUGUUGGGGUCCUAAAAAGGUGCAACUUUGGCCAUUUCGUUAUGCUGUUGAGUGGUUGUAGCUUACAAUGAAAAGCUCCUUAAAGUUUAUUUAUAAUGCUGUUUAGGAGCAGCUUACUGUGAAAGCUCUCAAGUUAUGGGACAGUAGCCGAAUCAAACGUAUGGGACAGUAGCCGAAUCAAACGAUUCUCAUAAACGUCUGUUUUCGUACGCUUUGCUUUGUGGUAUAAGUUAUGAACUUCUGACCUGCUUGUCUCACUGAUUCACUAUUCAUAAAUGUAUCAUUUUGGACAGUUACAGCUCCCA